AUGACCGUCAUGGAAGGCGCCGUCGAGCAUGGCUCCCUCGAGCAGAAAGUCACCGAAGACGAGAAAGCCAGGCAGAUGGGGUCGACUGUCUCCCAAGAGGAGAGAGUAUCGCCUGAAACAUCCUCGAAAGACGUCGUCACCCCAAAGACUUGGCUUGUGGUCGCUACCAUCACCGCUUGCUAUGGAUUCGCAUAUUCUCCAAUGCCGGGCCUGGCAAUCACGCAGUCCCAGAUCGCCCAGGAAGUUGGCGUUACAGACAAGGCAACGUGGAUGAUCUCGGUCUACUUCAUCACCGGGCUCGUUUCCUUCAUGGUCUGUGGGCCCAACAGCGAUUUGUUCGGGCGACGGUGGUUUCUGAUCGGGGGCAACGUCUUCGUUUGCGUUGGGUAUAUUAUCGCAGGAACCGCCAAAGGCUUUGUCCAAAUCGUCGUGGGCAUGGCCAUCGCAGGACUCGGUGGAGCGAUCUGCCAGAUGGCUACAUUUACGGCUCCCGAGUUGUUACCCAACAAAUGGCGCCCUGCAGCAGUUACCCUCGCUGACUCGCUCGUUGUCGUCUCUACCAUCGUUGUACCGGUAGCUGCCCGACACGCUCUCACGAAUGGUACAUGGCCAUGGCUUCUGAGGAUCCCUGCCAUCGGCAAUGGUCUCGGGGCUAUUGUGCUCUACCUCUUCUACUACCCACCAGCCCAUCCACGAGGUCUCUCUUUCAAACAAGCACUCAGAGAGCUCGACUACAUCGGAUCUUUACUGUUCAGCGCUGCGGCUGUCCUCAUUCUGGUCGGCGUGGUCUUCGCUUCCUACCUGGACUCAACCGAUGGCAAAGUCGUUGGUCCACUGGUUUCUGGAUUCGCCGCCCUCGUCGCCUUUGGGUGUUGGGAGACAUGGGCGCCAUUGAAGCAGCCACUGACACCGCCGCACCUUUUCAAGGUCAACCGGGGACAAACAUUGACAGCACCUUUUAUCGUCGCCUUUGUCGUGCCUGUUUACUACUUGGGUACCAAUAUCGUCUGGGGUCAAAUUGUCGGCGCCAUUUUCUCCCCGGACGACCCCAGUUCUGGUCUCGCCAUGGCACUGUCGGUCAUACAAGGGCUGGGACUGGCAACGGGCGGAGUCCUCCUCAGCGUGGCCGGACCCUAUAUCAAACACUGGAAAUGGCAACAAUUUGCUGUCGUUUUUCUGAUGACUCUAUUCGGAGGGCUCUUGGCUCUGGUGUCGCCUCACCGCCGCUCUGCAUUGAUCGCAUUCAAUUUUCUCGGUUCGGUCGCUUUUGCGUGGGCCCAGUUUCUGUCAAUCACAUAUUGUCAGUUUGGAGCGCCCCAGACCGAGCUCGGCAUUGCCGGUUCACUUGCGGGUGUGGGAAGAUUCGGUGGGAAUUGCAUUGCCACCACCGUCUACGUGACCGUCAUCAACAGGACUCUGGCGAGAGAAUCCCUCAAGAAGGUGGUCGCGGCCGUCGUGGCCGCCGGAGGUUCUCGCGACCUUGGUUUGGCUGUUCUUUCAGCCCUGCCAGCUGGAUCUCAAGCCGUCAUGUCCGUCCCAGGAAUCACAGCCGCAAUCGCUACUGCUGCCGGGGCGGCCUUCACGAGCAGCUUGCUUGUCGCCAUCAGGACCGUGGCUCUCGUCUCCAUCGCCUUUGGUGGAGCGGGAGUAGUGGCGUCUCUGUGGUGUGAAGACAUCAGCUCCAAGAUGGACGACCGCAUCGAGGUUUUCCUCGAGAAUGACGUGCAAGCGGUGAAGAAUCACUAUCAUUGA